AUGUCCCAGCUGGUCGGCUCAGUCGCCCUGGCCUAUAUGGCCUCCCCACCACCGAACCCUAGCCCACUACCCCACUCCUCCCCCCACGUUCCCCUCUCUCCCUCGUCUCCUCCCAAUCCCGAUCUGGAUCGGGCGCCGGCGCCCUUCCCCCGCGCUUGUCGCCGUCGACCGCCUCUCACCACGCCGCCCUCGUUGUCGACCCUUCCACCGACGGACCCCCCCCCUCAAGCAUCAUCGCCGCCCAGGCUUCGCAGGACGCCGCACCUGAGGACACCGCGUUGCCCCGACGCCACUGAAGUCGCCUUCGCCCCGCAGCCCCGGCGCCUCCCCGAGCCGGCUUUAGCACAACUUCAGGGCCCCGAUGAGGCCCUGUCCACCCCUCCUCUGCUUCCCCUCCGCCCCGGACCACACCACCGCGUCAGCUCGCCCGUCGCCUUGCCAUUCACGCGCCAAGCACGCCGUCCCGCACCCGCGCACCGCGCCGCCGUGGCCGCGACCUGCGUCUCCCCCGCGCUCGUGCGCUCUAGCUGCCCAUCGCCGGCCCCCGCGCGCAUCCGCAGCCGCCCGCGCGCGCCCUCGCCUCCUCUGCGCCUGCUGCCGCUCCGAGGUCACCGCCUCCACCCCGCAGUCGCGCACUGCCCGCGCUCCGGGUCGCCCUCGCAGCGCAUGCGCACGUCCCGCGCCUCGCUCGCCCCUGCCGCGCGCUCCGCCGGCCUCCCUGCCGCGCGACCGCGCGCGCCUCCUCCCCUGCUCGCAACGGCACGCCCACCCGCGCCCAGCGCAGCUGCUGGCCGGCGCCCGGGUCCAGUCGCCCGUGCCCCGCCGCCGUCGCUGGCGUGCAUCGUGCGCGCCCCGCGCCUUCUCGGACACGUGCCCGUUUGGGCUACGCCCGCACCCAGCGCCCGCUAA